AUGUCCACAUUGUCAUUGACCUACCGCAGUUCACCUGGUGUUUUCUGGAAGAGUCAAAUCACUUCUUUGAGCUGUAUCGAGAUUUUAAAAUACCCCGGUGUCACAGUAUCAUCUGUUAAGACGGACGUACCAGCACUUCCAGAGAGUACUCAAACUCAAGUAUUAGCGGAACGACCUUACGGACCUCUAAACCCCAUAACUUUAAGUCCUCUGAAAAGGCAGGGCACUGAACUCUUCGAUGGUUACUCUCCUGUCCUCGACGUUCUUUAUGAAGACGCCGUAAAAAAUUUGGAGGACUACGAUGAGAAGUCAACAGAAAUAUUUUCAAUCGAGAUUGAACGCUUAGACCGGUUACUCAUGCAGAAUGAAGCCGUGUUUAAGCCGCGAGAAGAAUUGAAUAAUAAUCCAGCCGAGGAACAGAGUAAUCCGAAAGUGACACACACACAAAACCGUCUAUUCCAUCUAAAAAAACCCAGAUUCAAUCAACCGGGAAACGAAUUGUUUAAAAGCACUGUAGAUGUAUUAAACAAUGUACAAAAGCAACUUGGAGCACCAACAGAAGUUUAUUGUGGAGAUAAGAACACAAAAGCGUUUACGGAUUUUUGGCUUCAAAAAUGGACGCUUAUAAAUAAAUAUGGCAAUGCAGCAUGCAAUCUUUGA